UAACGAGACGCACGGCGCAUGCGCAACAGCAGCUCGUCAACACGUGUGGAAUCAUGCCCAAGCAGCGCAGUUCCCGGGGCUCUGCUCCCCGUCAUGCAGCGUUGGCUGACCAGAUCAUACAAGAUGGGGCGGUCAGAGUCACGAAUAGAAGCAAGAAAAGAGGGCAGGGGGACGAAGACUCGCAGGACGAGAACUAUGUGGAUGAGAAGCUGUCACGGAAGAUCCUGGAGCAGGCCCGGCUACAGCAGGAAGAACUGGAGGCCGAGCAUGGACCUGGGAGACAAGUCGCUAAGCAGAAGACAACUGUCCUCGAUUAUAAAAGUAAAGCUGAAAAUUCUGACUCGGAGGAUGAAUGGCCCACCUUAGAGAAGGCCGCUUCUAUGGAUGCAGCAACCUAUAAUGAACAUGUGGAGGUGAACCCUGAAGAUGAGGAGGCAAUUGCAAUGUUCAUGAAUAAAAACCCUCCAGUGAGACGGACUCUUGCUGACAUAAUCAUGGAUAAAAUAACAGAGAAGCAAACGGAAGUGGAAACGGUGAUGUCAGAGGUUUCUGGAAGACCAAUGCCACAGUUGGACCCUCGAGUGUUAGAAGUGUAUAAGGGAGUAAAGGAGGUUCUUUCAACCUAUCGUAGUGGCAAGCUUCCUAAAGCCUUCAAAAUAGUUCCAGCCCUAGCAAAUUGGGAACAGAUCCUGUACAUUACAGAGCCCGAGACCUGGACUGCUGCAGCCAUGUAUCAGGCCACGCGCAUCUUCUCAUCUAACUUGACAGAACGUAUGGCACAACGCUUCUACAACCUUGUUCUGCUUCCACGUGUGCGAGAUGACAUUGCUGAAUACAAGCGCCUCAAUUUCCAUCUGUACAUGGCUCUGAAAAAAGCAUUAUUCAAGCCUGGUGCCUGGUUUAAAGGAAUCCUCAUACCGCUUUGUGAGUCUGGAUCAUGCACCUUGAGAGAAGCUGUGAUUAUUGGAAGUAUUCUAACAAAAUGCUCCAUCCCUGUACUUCACUCCAGUGCUGCAAUGCUGAAGAUAGCAGAGAUGGAAUAUAAUGGAGCUAAUAGUAUUUUCCUGAGACUGUUGAUUGAUAAAAAGUAUGCUCUUCCCUUUCGAGUGCUUGAUGCCCUUGUCUUCCACUUCCUGGCUUUCCGCUCAGACCGAAGAGAGCUCCCUGUUCUGUGGCAUCAGAGUCUACUCACGCUUUGUCAGAGGUACAAGGAAGAUAUGUCAUCAGAACAAAAGGAGGCUUUACAUGAACUAUUGCGAAUCCACAACCACCCUCAAAUAUGUAAUGAGAUUCGUCGUGAGCUGAUGAACUCUAAAUCCAGAGACGUAGAGGUCACAACACCCAUGGGUAUGGACUGAACCUCAGUGUGAAGCAAGCGUGCCUGUAUGAGCUGUGCUCACAAAAGUCUUUUAUUUCAGUCUUUUGACAUGUAUUUUGCCUGUUAACCAUGUAACUGGUUAGCACCAUGUUUUCCUGCUUUUAAAGUUCUAUUUCUGCUGGCUCCUGUCCUUUAAAGUUAAGAUGGCAGGAAGCAGAUGAGAAAACGGCUUUCAUUUUAUUUUUAAACCUCUAGUUUUAUGAAGACCAAGCAACUAGAAAGUUUGAUUGAAAACCGAAUGAAGCUGCAGGAAUUGAUUACAAGUAUUAAUACUUGUUCAUGACUGAGUAAAGGAUAAAAUGCCAAAAUAUAA